CCGCUCCCUAGGGGCUGGGCGUCUGCGCGCAGGGCCCCGCAGGCCAGUGUGUGCCCAUUAGACGGGCUGGGGGUCAGCCUUCUUUCCCCUCCAGGCAUCCUUGUCAAACGUGCGCUUUUUCUCAGCAGCUGCUGAGACCUGUGGUUAAUUAACGAACUCAGCCCGCGGAGCCUUCUGUGUGCCAGGGACGCCUAGGAGUUGCUACCCCAUCGGGGGCAGGCGGACAGGAAGACCUUGGAAGUCCAGGCCCAGAGAGUGCGAUACUCCUCCUCUCUGUGACCAUGAGACUCCGGGUGUCUGCGUUGCUGGUGACCUGGCUUGGCGUCCUGAGCUGUGUGGGGGCCGAGUUCUUCACCUCCAUUGGACACAUGACUGAUCUGAUUUAUGCGGAGAAAGACCUGGUGCAGUCUCUGAAGGAGUACAUCCUUGUGGAGGAAGCCAAGCUCUCCAAGAUUAAGAGCUGGGCCAGCAAGAUGGAAGCCCUGACCAGCAAGUCUGCUGCUGACCCCGAAGGAUACCUGGCCCACCCUGUGAAUGCCUACAAACUAGUGAAGCGGCUGAACACAGACUGGCCUGCCCUGGAGGACCUGGUCCUGCAGGACGCAGCUGCAGGCUUUAUCGCCAACUUGUCAGUACAGCGACAGUUCUUUCCCACUGACGAGGAUGAGACAGGAGCGGCCAAAGCCCUGAUGAGACUGCAGGACACGUACAAGUUGGACCCGGAUACCAUUUCCAGAGGGGAACUUCCAGGAACUAAGUACCAGGCGGUGCUGAGUGUAGAUGACUGCUUUGGGAUGGGCCGUUCAGCCUACAAUGAAGGGGACUAUUAUCACACGGUGCUGUGGAUGGAGCAGGCACUGAAGCAGCUCGAUGCUGGGGAGGAGGCCACCACAGCCAAGGCCCAGGUGCUGGACUACCUCAGCUACACCGUCUUCCAGCUGGGGGACCUGCAUCGCGCCGUGGAACUCACCCGCCGCCUGCUCUCCCUUGACCCAAGCCAUGAGCGAGCUGGAGGCAAUCUGCGGUACUUCGAGCGGUUGCUGGAGGAAGAGAGAGAAAAAAUGCCAUCAAAUCAGACAGAAGCUGAGCUAGCAACCCAGGAAGGCAUCUACGAGAGGCCCGUGGACUACUUGCCCGAGAGGGAUGUGUACGAGAGCCUCUGUCGUGGGGAGGGUGUCAAACUGACACCCCGGAGGCAGAAGAGGCUUUUCUGUAGGUAUCACCAUGGCAACAGGGCGCCACAACUGCUCAUCGCCCCCUUCAAGGAGGAGGACGAGUGGGACAGCCCGCACAUCGUCAGGUACUAUGACGUCAUGUCUGACGAGGAAAUCGAGAGGAUCAAGGAGAUCGCAAAACCCAAACUUGCACGAGCCACUGUUCGUGAUCCCAAGACUGGUGUCCUCACUGUUGCCAGCUACAGGGUUUCCAAAAGCUCCUGGCUGGAGGAGGACGAUGACCCUGUAGUGGCCCGAGUAAAUCGCCGGAUGCAGCACAUCACAGGGUUAACAGUAAAGACAGCAGAAUUGUUGCAGGUGGCUAAUUAUGGAAUGGGAGGACAGUAUGAACCGCACUUUGACUUCUCCCGGAACCAUGGGCAAGAUGCUUUCAAGCGUUUAGGGACUGGGAAUCGUGUGGCCACAUUCUUAAACUACAUGAGUGAUGUAGAAGCUGGUGGUGCCACUGUCUUUCCUGAUCUGGGGGCUGCCAUCUGGCCUAAGAAGGGCACAGCGGUAUUCUGGUACAAUCUCUUACGGAGUGGGGAAGGUGACUACCGAACAAGACAUGCUGCCUGCCCUGUGCUUGUGGGUUGCAAGUGGGUCUCCAAUAAGUGGUUUCAUGAACGAGGGCAGGAGUUCUUAAGGCCUUGCGGAUCAACAGAAGUUGACUGACGUCCUGUUCUGCCUUCUGCUUCCUGGUCCACAGCCCAUGUUAUCUUCAAGUUCAGCGUGACAGGCACCUUUGUAUGUUCCGGCUCCGAUCAGGCGGGUCUUUGGACGAGUGGAUGCUUGUCUGGAGUGGAGGGCAAUCGCAGUGGGGCAGGUCCAUGUGACCUCAUUGAGCCUUCCAGGCAGCCUGCGCCAUCUUUCACCCCACAGGCGGGAUCCUAGUGGCUGGAGCAGAGUCGGGCUGUCUGGUGCCUAGCCAGGUGCCUUCGUACCUCAGAAUUUUUAGGUGUGAGAUAUUUCAGUGAACCAAAGUUCUGAUACCUUGUUUACAUGUUUGUUUUGAUGAUAUUUCUAUCGAGUGUGGCUUUAACCAAAAAAUAAAAUGUCCCUGCCAGAUGCCUUAAAAAGCCUUAUUUGGAGUA